AUGUCCCCGCGCGUGCUCCUCUCUCCUCACCCUGCAUGCUCCUCUCGCCUCCCCACGCGUGCUCCUCUCUCCUCACCCUACGUGCUCCUCUUGCCUCCCCGCGCGUGCUCCUCUCUCCUCACCAUGCGUGCUCCUCUCUCCUCACCCUACGUGCUCCUCUCCUCCACUUUUCCCCCCUUGCGCCUCUUUUGCUGUCUGCCCCUCUUUCCCUCCUCUGCUCCUCUUGUCCCCCUCUACUCAUCUUUGCCCCCUCACUCCCUUCCAUCCCACUCAACUGUCACCCUCCCUCCCUGUUUAUCUCACCCUAUUUUUUGCCUCGCAUCCCAAAUGUCCUGA